CCACUAAAAGUGUUUCCGGGCUUCGGGGGCUGGAGCGGCCGCCGAGUUGGAGGGCGGCGGUGGCGGCGGCCGCGGAGUGCGAACGUGGGGGCCAGGCCCUGCGGAGGGCAGGGGAAGUUAUCUUUUCUUCCCGAAGGGGCCGGUAGAGCCGGUGGCCGAACAUCAAGAUGAAUUUCCUCCGCGGGGUCAUGGGGGGACAGAGCGCCGGACCCCAGCACACAGAAGCCGAGACGUUACUAUAUCUUGAACAUCUUUUCUUGUUAGUAAAUGUGAAUCUGCUUUAUUCAACUUGACCAGCUGCGUAGUGCACAGAGUGGAGCAAAAGUAGGUUUACAAUUAUUCAAAAGCUUUGUGACCGAGUAGCUUCAUCUACUUUACUAGAUGAUCGAAGAAAUGCCGUGCGUGCUCUCAAAUCAUUAUCUAAGAAAUAUCGCUUGGAAGUGGGUAUUCAAGCAAUGGAACAUCUUAUCCAUGUUUUACAAACAGAUCGUUCGGAUUCUGAAAUAAUAGGUUAUGCUUUGGAUACAUUAUUUAAUAUAAUAUCUAAUGAUGAAGAAGAUGAAGUAGAUGAUCUUGAAGAAGAAAAUUCCACAAGACAGAGUGAGGAUUUGGGAAGUCAGUUUACAGAAAUUUUUAUUAAGCAGCAAGAAAAUGUCACUCUCCUGUUAUCUUUGUUGGAGGACUUUGACUUCCAUGUCCGAUGGCCCGGUGUGAAGCUUCUUACUUCUCUUUUGAAGCACCUAGGGCCUCAGGUGCAGCAAAUUAUUUUAGUUAGUCCCAUGGGUGUUUCAAGACUGAUGGACUUAUUAGCGGAUUCCAGGGAAGUUAUACGUAAUGAUGGUGUCUUACUACUACAAGCACUAACAAGAAGUAAUGGCGCAAUCCAGAAAAUUGUUGCUUUUGAAAAUGCUUUUGAGAGACUACUGGACAUUAUUACAGAGGAGGGCAACAGUGAUGGAGGUAUAGUAGUGGAAGAUUGUCUGAUUUUGCUCCAAAACUUGUUAAAAAACAACAAUUCCAAUCAAAAUUUUUUUAAAGAAGGCUCAUAUAUUCAACGUAUGAAACCUUGGUUUGAAGUUGGAGAUGAAAAUUCUGGCUGGUCUGCACAGAAAGUAACAAAUCUGCACCUAAUGCUACAGCUUAUUCGUGUCCUGGUAUCUCCCACCAACCCUCCUGGUGCUACCAGUAGCUGCCAGAAAGCCAUGUUCCAGUGUGGCUUAUUGCAGCAGCUUUGCACUAUCCUAAUGGCUACUGGAAUUCCUGCUGAUAUCCUGACUGAGACCAUUAAUACUGUAUCAGAAGUUAUUCGAGGCUGUCAAGUAAACCAAGACUACUUUGCUUCUGUAAAUGCACCUUCAAACCCACCAAGACCGGCAAUUGUAGUACUUCUCAUGUCCAUGGUUAAUGAAAGGCAGCCAUUUGUAUUGCGCUGUGCUGUUCUCUAUUGUUUCCAGUGUUUCUUAUAUAAAAAUCAAAAAGGACAAGGAGAAAUUGUGUCAACACUUCUACCUUCCACCAUUGAUGCAACAGGUAAUUCAGUGUCGGCUGGUCAGUUAUUAUGCGGAGGUUUGUUUUCUACUGAUUCACUUUCAAACUGGUGCGCUGCUGUGGCCCUCGCCCAUGCUUUGCAAGAAAAUGCCACCCAGAAAGAACAGUUACUCCGGGUUCAACUUGCUACAAGUAUCGGAAACCCUCCGGUUUCUUUAUUGCAACAGUGCACCAACAUCCUCUCACAGGGUGAUAAGAUCGACAGACGGGGAAGCAAAAUACAAACAAGAGUUGGACUACUGAUGUUGCUUUGUACCUGGCUAAGUAACUGUCCGAUUGCGGUAACACAUUUUCUUCACAAUUCAGCCAAUGUUCCAUUUCUUACAGGACAAAUUGCAGAAAAUCUUGGAGAGGAAGAGCAGUUGGUCCAAGGCUUAUGUGCCCUUCUGUUGGGCAUUACUAUUUAUUUCAAUGAUAACUCACUUGAGAACUACAUGAAAGAGAAACUAAAACAACUAAUAGAGAAGAGGAUUGGCAAAGAGAAUUUCAUAGAGAAACUAGGAUUUAUUAGCAAACAUGAGUUGUAUUCCAGAGCAUCUCAGAAACCCCAGCCCAACUUUCCCAGCCCAGAAUACAUGAUAUUUGAUCAUGAGUUUACAAAGCUGGUAAAAGAACUUGAAGGUGUGAUAACUAAGGCUAUUUAUAAGUCAAGUGAAGAAGAUAAAAAAGAAGAGGAGGAGAAGAAAACAUUAGAACAGCAUGACAGUAUUGUGGGACACUACAAAAAUAUGAUUCGAGAGCAGGAUCUGCAACUUGAGGAAUUAAAGCAACAGAUUUCUACAUUAAAAUGUCAAAAUGAACAGCUCCAAACAGCAGUCACACAGCAAGUAUCUCAGAUUCAGCAACACAAAGAUCAGUAUAAUCUUCUUAAAGUACAGCUAGGAAAAGACAAUCAGCAUCAAGGUUCUCACAAUGAUGGGGCUCAAAUGAAUGGCAUUCAACCAGAAGAAAUUGGUAGGUUGCGAGAAGAGAUAGAAGAAUUAAAAAGUAAUCAGGAACUUUUACGAAGCCAACUGGCCGAAAAGGACUCUUUGAUUGAAAAACUGAAAUCUUCCCAAACAUCCCCAGACACAAAUGAAGCAACAGCUUCUGCUAGAGAUUCUGAAAAUAUUGCAGAAUUAAAACAGGAACUGGCAACAUUAAAGUCUCAGUUAAACUCAAAAUCUGUGGAGAUCACCAAACUACAGACAGAAAAGCAGGAGCUGUUACAUAAAACAGAAGCAUUUGCACAAUCAGUUCCUGUAUCAGGAGAGAGUGAAGCUGCAAUAGCUGCAAAAACUACUGAUGUAGAAGGAAGGCUGUCGGCAUUAUUACAAGAGACUAAAGAGUUAAAGAAUGAAAUUAAAGCACUGUCUGAGGAAAGAGCUUCUAUUAAAGAGCAGCUGGACUCAUCUAACAGUACCAUUGUCAUUUUACAAAAUGAGAAAAACCAGCUGGAGGUGAACAUUAAAGAUUCUAAAAAAGAACAAGAUGAUCUCUUGGUGCUGUUGGCUGAUCAGGAUCAGAAAAUAUUGUCAUUAAAGGAUAAACUCAAGGGACUCGGUCAUCCAGAGGAAGAAGAGGAUGAACUUGAAUCCAUAGACCAAGAUGAUGAGGAUGAUGAAGAUGAAGAUGAUGACAAGAGCCAGGGUGAUAACUAGCUUUAAAUUUUCUAGGAAUGAUAGAGAUCUAAUCGUAACUUUGAACAUGGAGUCUUAAGAGAGUGCUUUGGUUUGCCUCCACAAUAAAACUUAAACCAAGUGGGAAACAUUCACUAAUAAGACUAUCAAUGUAUUUUUUUAAACAACGCCUCCCAUGUUGAAAACCCUUAAAACUCUUAACUUUAUGCAGAACACACAUCCUUUAUUGAAAUUCAUCUGAGCUGUCCCAAAAUAUAAUUUUUAAAGAGCUCCAGACACCAAAAAUAUACCAUUUUAAGGCAUAUGAUGGCAAUGCCAUUUGCCUUAGUUCAUUGGUUACAUAAGUUCUGUCUUUGUCUAUUAUUUUCACUUUUCAGAAUUUGUGACUUUAAGUACUAACACAUUAGAUUUAAUGUGUAUUGGAAUCACUGUUUCUAAAUUCAGUAUUGGAGUUCUUAGCUAUUGAUUUCCUUUUAAAGAAAUGAAGUUACUUAAAGGCAAGAUAGUGUGGGCAGGAGGUGGGGGAAUAAUAUAUCAUCAGCCCUCCAUCCAGUACUGCUCCUGUGUUGAGCAGGACAGGACAGUUUAGAAUGAGUGCCUUGACACCUGAUACGCUGCAUUCUGUGCCUCAGCAAAGACUGAGAAGGAUACUGACACAGCCAUAAGGAAAGCGCUUCUGAGCAACUUUUGCAACAGUGUAAGCAUGUGGUUGGUUUUGGUUUUAAGCUAAAUGUUAAAAUACAAGUUAACCACUCACACAACUCAGAUUUAAUAUUGUUGUUUGAUUAUUAUAAAACAUAUUAUGUUCCUAGUGUUAAAAAGACCCAGACUAUGAUUUAUGUAAUUUAUUGGCAUUUUUGCUGAAUAGAUUUAAGUCAGAUAAUAGAUUUUUAAAAAGCAAAUGAAGCAAUGUGUCAAAAUUUAAUGUUUUCGUAAUAAAAAUAGAUAUUAUGGACACUUAA